UCAGCGAGCCGGCUGGCACGCCCGCCUGUGUUAGUAUUAGGCGUCCGUCCGUUUAUUUGGACGGCGGGAGUGACGUCCACCCUCCCCGAAAGCGGUCGUGGCGCCGCGGUUCGCUGCCAGUGCAGACUUGCUGCUCCAGACGCCCGCAGUUAGUGACGAGAAGCGCACGCAGGUGUGGCGCCGCUCAAGGGCUGUGAGGCGUUGUUAGGUGUUGUCGCGGCCGUGUUUUUGGAAGGCAGUCUGAGAGUCUGAGAAAUCGGAUUAUGUUUAGUAGGGUUCUGAGGGAAUCAGCAUGAAAACUCAUCCAGUCCGCUAAAUCACUUCCCUUAGGAUCAGGACGUGAAAGUGGUGUAUUUCAUAUGACACUGUAGACAAGGGAGUGCCUUGCCUUUAAUAACGAAGUUCAGCCUGCAAAAGGGAGCAGAUGCCGGAGGACUGGAAAAAGGAGAAGCAGCAGCAGGUCCUGGAAGCGUGGGGCAAGGAGGUGGACGCCAGUAGGAUGGCCUCCGAAGAGGCGAUGGAGCUCCAGCCGAAGGGGAAGGACGCCCCUGCGCUCGAAAGGGGGGAGGACGGCUCCGACCGCUGCUGCUGCCGCUCGCCCUGCGGGGAGUGCUUGGGGAUCUUCCUCAAGUACACGGUAGGUCGAACCAUGCAACUCUCCUUAUACGUACUAGACAUUGUAACGGACGUCGGCGUGGCUGUCACUGAUUAUCGAGCAGGAGACAACAUCUUUGCAUACCUGACGCUAGGCUUUGUGUUCGCCCCCGGGUUCCUAUUCUCCCUCUUCGCCUUCACGGAGGUUGUCAGCAACAACACGGGCUUCUUGGCGUGCCUCAAGGCGCCGCUCUGGCUCAUUAGCUUCCCAGUCCUGCCCCUUUGGCCGGUCGUGAGGGAUUUGCGUCAGAUCUUUCACGGCGUGAUGGCCCUUUUCCCGUCCCGCCGCCAACAGCAUCUCGAGUACCUGAAUCGCCCGAGCCGCGCUUACCUUGUCAAGUUCCUUGAGGCGUUCACAGAGGCGGCGCCGCAGCUCCUGCUCCGCCUCUACAAAAUCACCCUCAGGCGACAACUUUUGCCUUUCUAUCAGUUCGACACAUUGGAAAUCGUGCAGAUAUCCUUCUCGAUGCUGACGCUCACCACCAAGAUCAUCUCGACGCACCAGAAGAACGUCACCACCAAACAGAUCAUCGAGGGCGACAUGGAGGACGCUCAGCGCUUCAGGAUGCCUUGCUUCGUUCAGAUCUUGGCACUCCUCUGGUGGGCCGGCUUCCUGGUCGCCCGGUUCCAGGCGAUGGCUCUCUUUGCCGGCUCCUUGAAAUCCUGGAUCUUUCUUGUCAUCGGUGUCCACGUGGUCUUGGUGUUCCUCUUCCAGACCGUUGCGGCAGGGAAGAACAGGUUAAAAAGAGUCUUCAUCUACCUCUUUAGCGCCUUCAUCUUCAUCUUCGCCUACUUGCAGUUCAACAUGAAAGCGAGACUAAAGGUGGCAGCUUGGUUCCCAUACACUGUAUAUGCAAUAUUGGUGUUCCUGGAGAACUCGGUCAUGCUUGUGUUGUGGUUCAUGAGCCAAAUGAACGCCGUGUCCGUCUUGCCUGAAGAGGAGCAGGCGCUAUACAGGAUUCACAGGGAGCGUCUCAUCCUCAUCCACUAUGGCUGCUUCUGCUUCGGUCUCUUCAUGAUGAUCCUCACCUUCGUCUGCGCCCCAGGGCCAUCCCCCGACGCCCGCGAGGAGGAUGAAAAGGAGGAAAAUGUGGGCCCUUCCGUCACGAGGGCGUCGAAGUUCAACCACGGAUGAAUGUGGGAAUGGAGAUGCUAAUAAUAUAAAAAGAUUUGAUCAUAUCCUAGAUUUGUUCGGCAUAUCACUUUGUAUUCAAAUAUGGAGUAUUUAUAUAGAAUAAAGUAAUUUUCUCUAAAA